CUGAACAGAAAGAGAUAGCUUGAAAGCCGGCUGUCUUCACUGCGACAUUCAGUGACACACUGUAUGUAUUCAUUAUGUCGGAACCAUAUGUAGAGAGAGGCAGAGGCAGAAGAAGAAAAGCGUACCAUGGUGAGGAAAAGGACGGAGGGGUGGGAGAGGGAGGAGGUGGAAGGGGUGAUGCCAGUAAAGGAAGCAGGAAAGGCCGGGGAAGAAAACGCCGAGAAAAACCGUAUCAAACAGAGAGGGACCACCAUCCCCGGUAUGAGCACCACUCACACACUGAGGACAGGGACGCUGGGAAGGAGGGGUCACGUGGUGCACACAGGGAGGAAGACCAUCAUGGUGACCAUAAGGGACCGUCGCCGGGCCUAAGGCACGCAGACGGUAGGCAGCACGAGCGACGAGGGCACGUUCACAGGCCACGCAGUUUGCCAGCAGCACCUUUACCACACGACUCCCACCAUGUGGUCAACGGUCAUCAUCCCAAGAUGACCGACACUCAGCCACCAAUAAUAGCCAACGGUCAUCCACCUUCGCUGACUAACGGUCAACGUGCCCAGCAGGGUCCAACAGCAGAGAUUUUAGACACUGAGCCACAUCCAAAGUCCCCCAAGGUAGGAAAAGAUCUGAAUGGAACACAGGCCCAAGUACCAUCACCUGCGUCUACUUCCGAGAUUAAAGAAACCCAAGGAAAUCCAAGUGCACUGUUCCCACUGAAAUCACCCAAGGAGAGCGUCCAGGUCUCUAUCCCCGUGUCGUCGUUGUCUGAUGAAGAACAAGGGACCUUAACGUCAACCUCUGCAGCGUCUUUACGCGUCCGCUCCAUCUCGGCACCCGGGAAGCACCCACGUGACCUGCACGCGCAGACCACACACAGCGAGCAGGUCCCUACGUCAAACCAAGACGUCAGAUCAGUGGAAGAUAAUACUGCCGCCAAUGACGAGAACCUUUCAGCCUCUUCUGUUUCUCACAGCACGCCACAUCUUGAAGAGCAACCGAAAGAUUUUUCUCGUCUGAUCACCUCGCGUUUGGUAGCCGGUUCAGGACAAACGAACGCGCAAAGCUCUGGGGUUGUGCCCGCUACUUCAGAGAUCUGUGCUGGCAUAGUCCACCAAUACGACAAAGAUAAUCUAGAAACAAACACGGCUGCCAGCACUUCAGAAAAACCCCUCGACGCUGCCAUCUCGUCAGCAAGCCAGGAACACGAGGAUGAACAUGAAGACAGGAGUAAGAUGUCGACGCCAGAGAUUCUUGAGAUGCCCACAGAAAACGCUGAAGUACCUGAAAAGGGAGAAGCUACGGCAACACACGAAAGUCAAAUACACCGAACCAUGAGUGACCAGAAUAGCCGAGGCUCAACACCCGAACUGAUUGAAAUGCCAGCUGAGGAAAUUAGCGAAUCUAAAAUGCAGGAAGAAAUAACCGUUAGUGAAAAGAGUCAAAAACACCAGCAAGUGACCUCAGCUAAGGAAGAGGAGAGUAGAACAUCCUCGCCAGAGAUUAUUGAAACACCGUCAGAUAUAAGUAACGGGAUUAUUGAAGGAAGUCAACCAGAUCAAAGCACGACUUCUAUUGUGGACGACGCCAAUACCUCCUCCUUGCUGUGUCAGUAUGUAGACCUCCCAAGUUCAUACCCGGAUUCAUUGCCAGAACAGGGCAAGGCGUCACCAGGUGUCAGUCAUGAGCAAGACAGCACGGCGAGUGCCAGUAUUGUGAUUUUGGAAGGUGACGAAACAUUUGAAGAAUACAGCCGGGCCACGACACCGGACAUCAUCUCACCAAUGGCUCCUAUAAGAGAGAUAGAUCUAGAAGAGUACGACUCCGUGGAGGUUCCCAAGACAACCCCUACAGCUGUUAUCACCGUGAAUGAAGACGAGAAGGCUCAGCUCUGUGGAAAGGCUUUUGAAAGCCCCAGACCUGAUCAUGUAAAUAAACAAGAAUCCGUACAAAAUAUCUAUGUUUGCCUUCCAGAAGACGAGGCUGAAGGGGACGACGACAAGGCCAAACUUGUGGAGGACAGCCCCGGUAGUCAAGUGCUCUCUGACGACAUCUUGAUAGAGCUGGAAAAAGCUAAAAAUCAGAUGGCUGGGGAGCCCGUUGUGCCUUCCAUGGAAGCAGACUCUCCAUCUCCCGGAAAGAACCGCUACAAAGCCUCGGAGAAGACAGGCCUCCUGCAAUCUCCUCUCUCCGAACAUACCGCCCCGGGCAUUUGCUUGUGCUGCACUCUGCUGUGA